CGGUCCUGCAUUUCUCGGCAGCUGAACCAGAAACACAGCCAUAGGUGAAUAAUCCUGCACAGCCGCGCCGUGACGCGCAAAUGCUCCAGACUCACCACACUACUUGAGCUUCCACUGGUUAAAGCGCUUCAAUGUGGCUUCCCGGCCCUGUGUGUCUCUUUCUCUAGACGCAGGCUUUCGGAGGUUGUGACUGACGCCUCGCUCUAUCUUAUGCUCGCACCUCGGAAGGAAAAUGCGUUCAGGCUUUGUGCUCACAUGUACUCACGAUUCCCCGAUGCCAUAUUUUUAGUUCAUCCACCGCUUCGAGCAGUAAAUCUCUUUUCGUCUUCCAACUUCUUCCAAGGUUCAGUUGCAAGAAUGUCCAACAGCCACUUCAGUGGUCUAGUAGGCAGCGAUUCCACAUGGGACAGAAUAGUUUCUCAAGGGAAUCUGAUCAAGCUCUCCACUAGACAGUUCAUCAUGCUGAUCUCGGCAUUCACGUUUGCAUUUGCAUUCCUUGUCGCACGGCUGUUCCGAGUAUUUGGUCUUUUCGUCUUCUCGAUUUUUCUCUAAGUGAAACCGCAUGAACCUAGCAUGGAACAACUUCGAGUUGCUGUCGUGAAUUUUCGUACGCCUUUCCAUGUAAUCGGCGAGAGCAUCUCUUGGAAAAUGAUAUCUCUGGAAGGAAGGAAGAAAGAAGAUUUGCUCUGUUUUGGCUCGCUGGAGCGGGUGUCUUCUUGUUUCUUGGCAUCGGAUUGCCGUUCAUUCUCGCACUUUUUCCUGUUGCUAAUGGCUUCUCGGGUGGUUCCCUAUGCUGGUUCGGACCAACAGAUAACAAGGGUGAAAGUGAUGUGUUUCGAGCGUACCUUCGUCUCGAGCAACAAACUGCACUUUCUGAGACAGACUCGAUGAACUACGAUUACGACGGCGACAAUGCAUAUGACGUGGGAUAUCUAGGAAGUGAAGAUGUGGUCCGGAAGUCGUCGCUUUGUCCACAGCAUGCCAAGUCCAGUGCUUGUCAGGAUGGACACGCAAUGAAUUUCUACGGACAGUAUACGAUCUCGCCGAGAGAUUUGGGUGUUGGGAAUCUCGAAGAGCUUAAUUUCACAACAGCCGUUGAUUGUUACAAAGACAUUGACUCCGAAAAACAACUCACGAUUCCAACGAUCCAGGAGAUGAAACCUAUUGGACUAUUUUAUGGACGUAGUCAAGAGUUCGCAGAAUCCCCCGAACCAAAUAUGACGGCUAUCAUCUUGCGAGCAGAAGUUUAUGGACAUGGCUACUAUGUUUUAUCCCUCAAGAUGGCCGAUGGAGAUCAAUCGAAUGACCAGGUGGCUUGGAAACCAAGAAAUGAUCUGUAUCACGAAGGCGAUCUAUCUCUACUGAUAUAUAACUUGGGAGCAGUGUAUGCCCUAGAGCCAGGAAGCGAUUCAUUGUUCGCCACUAUCCCACUAAAUACGACGAUGAUUCCUACAGAAGACUGGGCAGAACAGAAUUUGGCGAAUAGAACAGAGUGGAACGGCCAACCAUUGUUCAAAUCGAGAACACAAACAGUAUCAGUCAUGUGCAACACAAGCUAUGCACUUUGCGACCAUGUCAACAUUCCGGAAGAAGCUGGACACUGCCUUGACUUAGGAGGGUGGAAGCAGGUCCAGGCGUUUGCAGACAGGCUGCAGAACAAUUCAGCAAAGGAUAACAAGCCUGCAUCUGCACGAGAAGGCUUCAUCUAUUUAUUGGCAGAUACAGCACAUUAUUCAGGAAUGAAAGAGUCUGCAGAAGUUGUCAAUGGUAUCUCUGCCAACGAUCUUCUUCAAGCAGACUUUAAGAUCCAGCACUUCCUCGACCAAAUUUCCGGUCACAGAGAACUGACCCGCCUGUUCCUAUCCACACGCACGCGAUUUAUCCUUGCAGCUCGAAGGGCCGUACUCAAUGAAUGGGGCGAGAGAGUGGUGCAGAUGGGCUUUCAUGCAAAUGAUAUCGACAGGACAAUGGUUGGAAACCCUGACUUGUCAGUAAUGUGCAAAGCAACAUUUAUACCGGACACGAAUUUCAAAACUACAACAGCAAGGCCAUGGAUCAUAACAGCUUGCAUUUGGCUGGCUAUCGUGCUAUUGACAUAUUCGGCGCCGAUGAUACGAAAGCUGCAAUGGAGUUGGGUCGAAGGUAUCGAGCAGAGUUGGGCAUCGAAAAGAGCUAAUAAGCUCCAUCAUCAGUUGGCGAGCAUGAAUACAGCUGAUAUUGGGACCGAUUUCAAAGAUCUUGGAUCUCGGAGUGAGCAGGCAAGCAGUUUGCCGUUGUUGGAACAGGCAGAACCAUUCACACCUGCCUCUCAAGGCAAAGCUCAAGCUGGUGCGGAGGAAGCGACAUUGAUUGGUACAGUGGUGGGAGGCACAGAAACAAUGGAAUGUCCGUCACCCAGAGUCUGAUAAAAUCAGAUUGCUAAGUUGGCUGGCAGCGCGAUCUCACAAACACGGAAUCGCUAAUUCUGACGUUCUUUAAGGAGGUUUAUGUACCUCGAAGAUUAUACUCAAUCAAAAAUCUACCUUGCUUUGGUAAGCUGGGGAGCUCUCAUUUAUUAUCCUCUUGCGUCAUGCAAGAACAAUUCAUGUUUACGUAGGAAAAAGGGGC